GCGGUGCUGGAGGCGGCGCUGGCCGUGCUGCUGGCCGUGGUGGCGCGGCUGGGGCCGGACGCGGCGCGCGGGCCGGCGGACCCGGUGCUGCUGCAGGCGCAGGUGCAGGAGUGCUUCGGCUCUCUGCGGCGCUGCUACGCGCAAGGCGCCGGGCCGCAUCCCCGCCAGGCCGCCUUCCAGGGUCUCUUUCUGCUUUAUAAUCUGGGCUCCGUGGAGGCCCUUCAUGAGGUUCUGCAGCUCCCUGAGGCCCUGCGUUCCUGCCCGGCCCUGCGCAGGGCCCUGGCUGUGGACUCCGCCUUUCGCGAAGGCAACGCCGCCCGCCUGUUCCGCCUGCUCCGGAUUCUGCCCUACCUGCAGAGCUGCGCGGUCCGGUGCCACAUAGGCCGUGCCCGCCGGGGAGCCCUGGCCCGCCUCGCUCGUGCCCUGAGCACCCCCAAAGGCCAGACCUUGCCUCUGGGCUUCAUGGUCCGCCUGCUGGCCCUGGAUGGGCCCGAAGAGGCGCGGGACCUGUGCCAGGCCCACGGACUGCCCUUGGAUGGACAGGAAAGAGUUGUGUUUCUCAGGGGUCGUUACACUGAGGAAGGGCUGCCGCCUGCUGGGACCUGCAAAGUGUUGGUGGGGAGCAAACUUGCAGGGCGCACCCUGGAGGAGGUGGUCAUGGCAGAGGAAGAAGAUGAGGGUGUGGACAGAUCGAAGUCCCCAGCAUGAGGAGGAGCCCUGCCCUCUCCCAGAGCCCAGGACUGGAUCUAAGCACUCAGGUUUCUUUUUUCGUAAUUCCUACACAAUAAAAGGAACUUGUUUUGUAGGGACAAUAA